GUUAUUACAUCCAACACAAAAACAUAAAUAAAUAAAUAAACAAGAUUUUGGUUUCGAAAGAGAGUUUCUUCCUUACACUCUCUCUUUGUUUCCUUCCUUCUUCACAACAUGGCUUUGUCCUUCAAUACCCAUAACCCUGCUGCUUUUACAUUUGGCCUUCUAGGUAAUAUUAUCUCCUUCAUCGUGUUCUUGGCCCCAGUGCCAACAUUUAUGAGAAUAUGUAAGAAGAAAUCAACAGAAGGGUUUCAAUCAAUUCCUUAUGUGGUAGCACUUUUUAGUGCAAUGUUGUGGUUAUAUUAUGCCUCAUUCAAUCCAAAUGAAACCCUUCUUAUCACUAUUAAUUCAGUUGGUUGUCUCAUUGAGACUAUUUACAUUGCCAUCUUCAUUGUUUUUGCUCCUAAACAAAUUCGGGUUUCAACGUUGAGAUUUGUUCUUCUAUUGAAUUUUGGAGGGUUUUGCAUAAUUCUACUUGUUACUCACUUCUUAGUCCAUGGAUCUAAUAGAGUGAAGGUUGUUGGGUGGAUUUGUGUCGCCUUUUCUAUCUCUGUUUUUGCAGCUCCACUUACCAUCAUCAGAUUGGUGAUUCGCACAAAGAGCGUGGAGUUCAUGCCCUUUUAUUUGUCGUUUUUCCUCACACUUAGUGCAACCUCAUGGCUUCUCUACGGUGUAUUUCUCAAAGACAUCUAUAUUUCGGUUCCAAAUAUCCCGGGAUUUAUGUUUGGGAUAGCUCAAAUGAUAUUGUAUUUAAUCUAUAAGAAGCAUGAAACAGCAAAGGAUCAGAUGCAACUACCACAACAUAGUACUGAUAAGACUGUAACCAUUAGGGCAGCCACAAAUUCUGACAAACAAAAACAACAUUCUUCUUCUCUGCCAUCUAAUAAUCUUGUUGGAGCCACUGCUGAUGAUGAUGUUAAAACAACAAUCAACAACAACGGAGUCGAACUCAUCAACAACUUCGAAGACAACUACCAAGUUAAAGAUCAACUAAAUCAUGUUUAACUAUAUUCUCUCAUAGACCAACUAAGUUUAGCUUUAACAGUCAUUAUUAGCAUAUCGAUGGUUUGAUCUUCAUUACUGCACUUGUUGUACUUAAAAGAACUAUAUUCUCUUCAAAUCCUUGUUUUUUCUCCAUUGACAAUGUACUUCUCUUUUUUGGUUGUUGUUCAA